AGCACAUACAGAGUGUCUCUGGUUGUGAAAAGAGCAACAUCUUUCUGAGCCCUUGCCUGUGCUCUCCACAAGCCUUCAAAAAUGGGGAAUGCCAAAAGCAGUGCUAUGUCCAAGGAGAUCCUGGAGGAUCUCAAACUCAACACCAAAUUCUCAGAGAACGAACUGUCGCAGUGGUACGAGAACUUCCAGAAGCAGUGUCCGUCUGGCCGUAUCACACCUGAAGAGUUUAAAAAGAUCUACGAACGCUUUUUUCCGGAAUGCGACACCACCUCAUACGCCCAGCACGUCUUCCGCUCCUUUGACACCAAUGAUGACGGAACGCUGGAUUUCAAGGAAUACAUUAUCGCUCUACAUAUGACAUCAACCGGAAAGACGGAGCGCAAGCUGGAGUGGGCCUUCUCACUCUUCGAUGUCGACAAAAAUGGCUACAUAACCAAGUCAGAAGUUGCAGAAAUCUGCCAGGCUAUCUUUAAGCUGAUUCCCAAAGAGGACCAAGAAAGUCUGCCAGCCGAUGAGAACACUCCUGAAAAGAGAGCAGACAAACUGUGGUCGUACUUCAAUAAAAAGGAUAACGAGCGAUUGGCUGAGGGCGAGUUUAUUCAAGGUAUUCUGGAGAAUGAAGACGCUAUCCACCUUAUUCAGUUCGAGCACCAGAAGAAAUAAUACAAAAAGAAUGAUAAAGCAUGUAUUUUUAUUUGAUUUUUAUUUAUUUAUUUUUGUUCUUUGGCCAUAUGCUUCCCACUUUAACUGUAACCUCAAAUGUACAUAUCAGUACCUAAAAAUACAAAAGGUAGGCUUUUGUACUUUUUAGUUAUGUACCAAUAAGGUGCUGAAAUGGACCCUUUAAAGGAACACUCCACUUUAAUUGGAAAUAGGUUCAGUUUACAAGUCACCUACAGUUAAACAGUAAAUAAUCCAACCCCAGGGUCUUUUAGCUUAGCUUAGCUUAGCUUCAAUCAGUGUAAACAGUGUAACUACAGAAGAGUCAAGCUUUAAGGAAAUGAUCUAUUUUUUGUUUUUGACUGAGAUGCAAUGGUGUAAUCUGAUUCAGUGAUUUUUAUGCCAAGCUAAGCGGUCACACUUUAUUUUAAUGGUCCCUUUGUUAAAUUUAAGCUACAUUGCAUCUACAUGCCAACUAAUUUUCAUUAGAUUAUAAGUAGACUGUUAGGUUGGGGUUAGUGUAAGUUGACAUGUACUUGCAAAGUUUCUUAGUCAGUUAAUUGUCUGUUGAAGGAGCAGUAUCAACAGAUAUUAGGCAGACAGUCUACUAAAACUCAACUGAAUCAUCAAAAUAAAGUGUUGCCAGCUAAGCUAAGCUAUAUGUUCUCCGGAAGAUCAAAUGAAUGACUUUAAAAAUGGUAAAGCUCACCUGUUUAACUUCAGGAGACUUGUAAAAUGAGCGUGUUUUCAAAAACAUGAAGUGUUCCCUUAAGUACAUAUGCAUACCUUUUGGAAAGGUACCCCAGUGACAGUUCUUGUACCUUUUAUUUCUGAGAGUGUCCAAUAUUGAGUGAGUCAUGAUAGAUUGCAGAAUGUCAUUGUUAAUAAUGAUUAUAAACUGAUAGUAAAUUGUCUCUUCUGGAAAUACGUGUUGAAAUGUGUGUGACAAAUGUAGAGUGAAGAAUUUCUGAAAGAUUACAUUAUAACGACACCCUUAAGCUGUAAGGAAACCCUUUUUUCUUCAUAAACCAAAAAGUCGAGUUUUUCUUGCAAAAGAGGUAAAUGCAGAUGAGGGUGAAUAAGCCUUUAGGCUGUGCUUAAAAAAACAAACUGACUUAUCAUCCAGGAUGAUAGCACAAUAUAGCCAAUAAUGUUUACCAUUUGUAUUAUGCAGAUUUGUUUUUUGUUGUCAGUUGCUGUGGAUUAAAACUGAAACCAUCAAACA